ACAGAUAUGUUUAAUUGUAUUAAAUGUUUCCAGAUCGAAAACCUCCGAAUAGAUUUGUGCUAAACAUCACGUUUGGUUCAUCACGACUGUUUGACUUCGCGAUACGAAGUAUUUUCAGUAUAUAAUAGCCAACAAACCAAUGACGUACUCUCUAGGUGUUCCACCACUGAUAACAUGAGAACGCUAUAUUUGCACAACUUAUAAAAAGAAUCGCUCAACCAUUUCAAAAUGUGUGAAAUUCUUUUUUUUUGUUUUAAACAAAUGCCGUGCUAUACGUUAUUUACUUAAGGUUGUUUUGCACGUAAGCGGGUAUUAUAUGAAAGCUUUAGUACAUAUAUAACACUAUUUUGCGGUCAACCCGUGAAUUCACGCAUUCCAUUUUAACCAACUGUGUUGUAGGCCUUCCACUAUACGUAUACUGGCCAUGGUAUUUACGCAUCUAUAGUAUUUAUACUUUCUCUAAUCACCGAUUGACUUCUCAGCAAAGAAAGCCACUCCAAGAUUCCCGCGGGAUCGCUUGGUCGCUGCUUUCAGCCAAGAUUGUGCGACCAAAGGGACCCUGGGGACCACGCGUGUGCGGGCGCCCAACGUUAGCGUUGAGAUACUUCUUUAUCGGUUUCGUUCUGAAGAGACUGAAGGCCAAAACGGUCAGCGCAUUUUCUCAGAGCAGUUGAUGUAAAAACCCAUAACAGGUUACUUUACAGAAAUAGAGUCCGCAGUGCAGCUAAACAGAAAAGGCAAAAUAAUAAACAAGUUACAUUUAUAUUAGUGCGUAAAAUUUUUUAGAGUUAGGCUGGGUUCAGAAAAUAUAACAAGAAAAGUUAUAAUGCAUUUACAUUCGCUAGUUGUAUAGUUUUAACCGGACACCACUUUUUCAGUAUUCUCGUAAAAUUUGCGAUAGUUUAGAAACCUAUCGCUUAUUAUUUCACCACCUGCUUAAUAUUACAGUGUGUCACAGAUUAGCAUUAUAUGGUUACGCGAUGCACUUUGUGUUUGGGAUAUUUUAACCAUAGAGAACGUAAUUCAAGCCUUAAAUAAGUCGCAAUAGAUAUAGUUUAGAUAACAACGUGUCAACCUUUGAUACGAGAAAAACUAUUAAUAAACAAAUACCCGCCUCCACAUAUUUAUGUCGCAGAAAUAUAACAUAUUGAUUUUUCUUUUAACUGCUGAUCGUCAAUUAUUAUUAAAAGCCAUACUAAUAAUAGUUCAUUCAAACGCAAAAACUAUACGUAUGAUUGAUUAUGGUAAUAGAAAGGUAAGAAAUAUUUGGCACAGUAUCUAUAAUCAACCUUGUUGGCUGUAAAUAUUGGUUUUAUCACAAUAUAAGUAUCAGUGCAGCGCAAACUAAACUUUGAUUUUGCUAUUCAAGUAUUUAGCUCCUCCGUGCUUACUACAUUUAGAACAUAUAUAUCCGCAAGAAAAUGUGAAUAUAUAUACGUUAAAUGAAUGACGUUUAAGACAUGGUAAAUGACAAAAUUUCUGUACCUUUCAGAGCGCUACGAAAAUAUGUACACGCACGGAUGGUUUUCAAUACCAAUGUAUUUAUCUAAAGUAAGCAUAGAUCGUUGGUGAAUACUUGUGCUAAUAUUAUCAGUUUGCAAAAUCACAAUACAAAACACAUUCCAUGGCGUCACAUUACAUACAUUUAUUGCCGCAAAACCACAAAAAAGGUGGUCGAAAACUUUGUAAAUGGUUCUUGUAUACGUAUAAACUUUCUUCCUGCGACGUUUUGGCGAUCUUUGCAAGUCUCGAGGCGAAAUCGUGUAAUUAAGUGUUCCCCAGUUACACAUUCCGUCACAGGUUAGUAUAAAAAGCAAAACAAUAUGAGGUGUUGCUGGCCCAACACCUCAAAAUUUAUUAUCUAUUCGUUUACUACCAUCAUACUUUUGACCUGGGGCAGCGCCGAUGGACAAAACGAAGGUUCGUGCUUCACUGGACGGAAAUGUUAUUUCUGGCAGUUUGAAUGCGGAACCGGCGAGUGCAUAAGUAUGCAAAGGUUCUGUGAUGGUCGUCAGGAAUGUCCCGACGGGAGUGAUGAAAACGAAAUUAUUGAGUUUUCUUUACCUGGUGGCAAUAUUACUGAAUCAACUGGAGUGAGUUGUAAUAAUGCAUUGAACCAUUCUAAUAAAACAUGCAUUCUUCCAAAACCUUAUCUGUGUGACAGUAUUGAGCAUUGUGUGGGUAAUGCAGAUGAGAGCAAUAGUUUAUGUGGCAGUAAAAACAGAUAUGUGAAACACUGUGAUUUCCAACGCUGCAUCAACAAUCAAGUGUUGGAAUGCCCGGGUUGUGAAAACAAACUUGAAUCUUGCAAAUAUGGUUCAACUUGCACAUACACUGGAGAAGAUGAAAAUGAUCCUUGUUCAAUGAGCAUAUUUCGGUGCAAAUCCGGAAAAUGCCUCACAGCUGGACAGUUUUGUGAUGGAAUACAGGAUUGUGAAGAUGGCAGUGAUGAAUAUUUGGUUCCUCCAUUUGCAAACGCAACGGGCUUGAUGUGCAAAAAUAAGUGGAACCAUGUUGAUUUGAUUUGCUAUCUGCCACCUGAAUUUCUUUGUGAUGGCAUUGAUCAUUGCAGUGACCGCAUUGAUGAAUGUCAGAAUUGCACGGAGCAUUCAUUCACAUGCGACAAUCAGAUCUGCAUUCCCAAGAAUGCACCGCCGUAUCGUGCUGAUGGUGUUGAUAAUUGUGGAGAUUCAAGCGAUGAAUGCUUGGAUAAUAAUAGAGUAUUUACAUGUGAAGAUGGGACAUGCCUUGCAAUGGAAAAAUUUUGUGAUGGUGUGGUGGACUGUCCAGAUGGAAGUGAUGAAAUAAAAGAUGUCAAUGAUUUCAACAAAAGUGAUGUCUUUUGUCAAAACAUUUUGCUUCAUAUGGAUAUGAAAUGUCUUUUACCAAAAUCGAUGGUGUGUGAUGGCGAACGGCACUGUGCCGACCACAGUGAUGAGUUUGGAUGUUCCAAGCAGAAAUUGUUUGAGUGCACCAACAAACGAGUAUACUAUUGGAUUCAUACUUGUGACUUCUACGAUGAGUGUCUGGAUUCCUCAGAUGAAUGCAAUGUGAAGGGCGGCUGUAACAGAACCUUCACAUGUUUGCAUACCAAAAAAUGCAUUGCAUUUUCAAGAUUUUGCGAUGGUAUUGAUGAUUGUGGUGAUGGUUCUGAUGAAAUGUCUUUAAACAUGCUCCCAAGUGGUGGUUUAAUGUGCGAUAAUUUAUACAACAAGUGCGACAUGCAAUGUGUCUUGCCUGGUGCUUAUGUUUGUGAUGGGUUGGAUCAUUGUAGGAACAGAGUUGAUGAAUGUGGAUCAUCAUGCAAACAUUCUUUUUUUUGUGAUGAUGGAACAUGCAAACAGCGGACUGAUUUCUGUGAUAAAAAAGUCGACUGUCUUGAUGGAAGUGAUGAAAGAGUGACCGGACAUGGAUUCAAAUGCACAGCAUCCAGGAUGGGGAAUGAUGAAACAACUAUGUGUAUUCUUCCUCAAAAGAUGCUCCAUGAUGAAACUAUUGAUUGUUUAGAUCAAUCUGAUGUUUGUUUUGCUGGAAAUACAACUUUAUGCUUCAAGUGUUUGAACGAUCCGUUGUAUAUAUCACAUCGACAAGUAUGUGAUGGAAUUGUUGAUUGUCCCGAUUUAUCAGAUGAAUGCAUCUGUGAACGAAAAGAAUCAAAUAGCAAAAAUAUUGCAAUGAAUUCUGCUUUGUUAUGCAGUAAUGUUUGCCUUGAUACUGGUACAAAAGCAAAUUGUGAUGCGUGUGGUUAUAGUCGUUUGUCAUGUGAUGGUGGUAAAACUUGUGUUAUGCUAUCACAAGUUUGUGAUGGUGUGAAUGAUUGUGAAGAUAAGCUAGACGAGAUAGCUUGCCUCAGUCAACAACAGCAUUCACUUACCAGUGAGAAAAACUUCACUUGUCUGUCUGGAAACUUGUACAAGACGGGUGUUGAAUGUGAUGGCUCACCAGAGUGUUUGGACUUCUCUGAUGAAUGCACAAUGAUUCAGGAGAUUGAAUACGUCAAUGAAAAUCACACUUCCCACUUCAGAUGCGGUAGCAAUACACCUGAGAUAUGCUGGAGUCUUCCCAUUAAUGAGUUUGGAUACCGGCAUUGCCCUGGAGACCAGAAGAAUCUGCUUUCACCGGAUGAGAUCUGUAAUGGUGUUGAGCGUUGCAAACCCAACUUUUCUCCAACUGGUAAAAACACCCGUGUUCGCACAUGGACCGAUUUCUCUGCUGAUGAACAAUUCUGUCCCACAAGGGCUCUAUGUGAAAAAAGUCGUCCCCGACAACUUGAAAAAGUGUCAAUACACAUUAGUCAAAUAUGUGAUGAUAGAAUAGACUGUGUGGAGGAAGAAGAUGAAUCUGAAGACAAAUGUGGAAACCAGGAUUUAGCAAGAUUCUAUUGUGAAACUCGGGCACCAAAGGAGGGAGCAGCAUUUUCUUCCAUUACAUCAUUACACGAUCCUAUGUUUGUUCCGCAUCGGCUUGUAUUGGAUGGAAAAAAAGAUUGUUAUGAUGGCAGUGAUGAAUGUCCUACCAAUUGGUUUAAUGAUAACAACUUUUCAUCCCGAUUCCGACUAAUCGAGGCAUCUGUGCUCAGCAUUCUAAUAUGGAUGAUGUCUGUGCUUGCAAUCGGAGGUAACCUUAUUGUAAUAACCCUCACAUUAUGCACGUUGUGGAAGUCAAGAAGGUUGUCUCCAAUGAUGAAAAGUAACCAUCUGCUUGUUCUUAACUUGGCUGUAGCAGAUUUUAUGAUGGGAAUUUAUUUAAUCUUGCUUGCAAUACAAAACGCGAAAACUAACGGCAGAUAUUGUUAUGUGGAUCGAGAAUGGAGAAGUAGCACUGCUUGUUCAUCAUUAGGAACACUGGCGAUGACAUCGGUUCAAUCUUCUGUGAUGUUUCUGGUUAUUCUUACAACUUACCGCAUGGUGGCAGUGCUGAGACCAUUCAGAGCAGAUUAUAUGCAUGUCAAAUACACAAUUUUUAUAGUGAGCAUGGCUUGGGGAAUUUCACUCAUUCUGGCCAUCUUACCUCAUAUGAAGUCUUUGGAUGAUUAUUUUACAUCUUCAGCAUGGAUUGUACCAAGUGUGGACUUCUUUCAGACUGACACACCAGACAAACAAACAAUGCAGAUGUUUGCUGCAACCUUAAAGGCCUUAUCACAUGAAGAUUUUGGUACCGACAUUAUAUCACGAAAGGAAUGGUCAGUUGUGUUAAGGAGGUAUUCUGCUGGUGUUCAAACAAAUGAUUUAUCAUGGACUUCAAUUCUUGACAUCAUUCAUGAGUUUUAUCCAACUUUUUGGCCAAGUUUUGAAGUAAAAGGAUAUUUUGGAUUCUAUAAUGUUCACUCUGUCUGUUUGCCUCAGUUGUUUGUAACAGUAAAUGAUUCUGCAUGGGCAUAUUCAGCUAUAAUCAUGACAUUUGAUCUUAUUGCUUUUCUGUAUAUUCUCAUAUCUUAUCUAGUAAUUUAUCACGAUGCCAGAAGAUCAGCUGCUAUGAACAGAAAUGACGAUGAGAAUCGAAUAAUGCAGGCACGUAUAACACGUUUGGUUGUAACGGACUUUGCAUGUUGGGGACCGGUAUGUGUCAUGGCAUUUCUAAAUUUGCUAGGAGUUGAUAUGCCAGAUGUAGCAUAUGCAUUUGCUGCUAUUAUACUGUUACCAAUCAAUAGUGCUCUCAAUCCAAUCUUAUAUUCAAAUGUACUCAGUGUACUUUAUGGAUCAUGCAUAAAACCAUUGGAUAUUUUUGUUCGUAAACGUGUUCGUGUCAGUCGAGCAGCCAACAUGACACGUCAGCGACAACGAAGCAAUCAAAGUCACGGCUCAUUGGCGAUCACUUUGACAUCAAAUGAUUGCAUUCAAUCACCAGAGGGCGCUUUACUGAUGGGUGGAACGUGUUGCACUGACCCCGUGUGUCCGACCUCGACCACCAAAGUUUAA